CCCAGGGCAUGGCAGGGAUGGAGGGAAAGCCGGCCGGCUGUGCCCGGCCUGCAGGCAGCCCCAGGAAGCGGCCGAGGCUCGCUCCCGCCCCGGGUGGGGCUAGCCCAGCCCAGCCCCCGGGUGAGGCAAGAGCGGCGGGGCCGCAGCGGGACCUCCUCCCUCUUCUCUCCUGCCUCACUCGGUGCUCCCGGUGGCUCAGGGCGACGCGGCAGGAGACUCGGAUUCGGCCCCACCCGAAGGAUCCCAGAGAUGGCGAAGUACACAAGAGGCACCGUGACAGCCUUUGCUCCUUUUGAUGCCAGAGCUGAUGCAGAAGCUCUUCGUAAGGCCAUGAAGGGAUUGGGGACUGAUGAAGAAACUGUGCUGACAAUCCUCACCACCAGAAACAAUGCUCAGCGUCAAGAAAUAGCUUCUGCCUUUAAAACCUUAUUUGGAAGGGAUCUCGUGGAUGACCUGAAAUCAGAACUUACUGGCAAGUUUGAAACCUUGAUGGUGUCUCUGAUGAGACCAGCAUAUAUUUUUGAUGCUCAUGCACUGAAGCAUGCCAUCAAGGGAGCAGGAACCAAUGAGAAAGUGUUGACUGAAAUUCUUGCCUCCAGAACACCUGCAGAAGUGCAGAAUAUCAAACAGGUUUAUCAGCAAGAGUAUGAAGCUGACCUGGAGGAUAAGAUCACAGGGGAAACAUCAGGCCAUUUCCAGAGGCUGCUGGUGGUGCUGCUGCAGGGGAACAGAGAUCCUGAUGUUGGAGUUGAUGAGGCUCUUGUUGAGCAGGAUGCUCAGGUUUUGUUCAGAGCUGGGGAGCUGAAGUGGGGAACAGAUGAAGAAAAGUUCAUCACUAUCUUGGGAACCCGCAGCGUUUCCCACUUGAGGAGGGUGUUUGACAAGUACAUGACCAUUUCCGGCUUCCAGAUUGAAGAGACCAUUGACCGGGAGACCUCUGGGGACCUGGAGAAGCUGCUUCUGGCAGUGGUGAAAUGCAUCCGAAGUGUGCCUGCCUAUUUUGCUGAGACCCUGUAUUAUUCCAUGAAGGGGGCUGGCACUGAUGAUGACACCCUGAUCAGAGUCAUGGUUUCAAGAAGUGAAGUUGAUCUGCUGGAUAUUAGACGAGAAUUCAGAAAGAAUUUUGCAAAAUCAUUGUAUCAAAUGAUUCAGAAAGACACGUCCGGGGACUACAGGAAAGCGCUGCUGCUCCUCUGCGGCGGAGACGACGACUGACGGGCAGGGGACACGCAGCUCUCCUUGUCCUCCAGCUUUGCAGCCCUUCAUUAGCAUGCCUGCCUGAGGUUUUGUAUCUUAAUGCUUUGUGGCUGCUUGAAUUUAUACUAGGAUUGCACUUAGUAAAAAGGAGCACAUUGUUAUCCCUCCUCUUCCCCAUGUCCCAACUUCCAGGAAUUUCAAGUGCCUUCUGUGGUCUGCAAGAGUCACCUUCAUGGAAGGUGGGUGCUGAGCACAGAACCCAGUUCUUUACAGGUGUUUUGCUGAAAUAGGUAAAAAUAAUAAUGUAUUUCACAAUAAAUUCAAGAUUAUCCUUUUUUGCUUUUUAUUCCUUACACUUCCACUGAGUGUUAAGCUAAUUCUAACAUGGCAUCAAGGAAAUCCUUUGUAUGUAAUAUUGGAAUGAAUUUGCUGAACAUAUUACAAGCAAUCAUUGGAAAUCUAAAGGACCAAUAAAUUUUUCCCCUCUCA